AUGCCGCCCCGCGGCGUCGGCCUUGCCUGGGCUCUGGAAGACGCCGAUGAUCGUCUCCGGCGUGCCCUCGACGAUCUUUUGACGGCCGUGGUUGCUCUGCAAGUCGUCGAGCCGACCGCGAUGAUGGAGCCCCUGCCCCACCAAGGCCCGCGGCCUCGGUUAGCCGCCUUUGCCGAGCAACUUGACGCCACGAUCGGUUUUACUGAAUCAAUUCAACGUUAUCGGUCCGAUUUGGCCGAGUUGCUCUACCCAGGCCGCCCUCUUUCUAGCAGUUCGUCGUGCUCUAACUCUUCCUGGAGCUUUUUCUCCUACGAGCCUGGCACCCUUAGUCGUGCCCACUCCCUUCCGUCCUACAACUCUUCGAGUAGUCUCGAUGUGCUGCCUUUUGGGUCCUCUUUCCGUUCAAACGGCCCCUGGCGGGGGAGUCUGGAAACCCCGUGCUCCUCCCUUUCCUCUUCACAGUCUUCCCUUGGGUUUCGCCACCGGAGCACCAGCAUC